AUGGCGUCAUCACGAGAUCGAGAAGCUUGGUCUCAUAUAUUCAAGUUAUAUAAAGGUUUCCCACAUUUAUGGGACAAGAAUAAUAUAAACUAUGGCAACAGGAGCAUGAUGACUGACGGGUAUAAGAUCCUUACGCGAGUGUAUAGAGAGCACUUAGAUAAACAGGCAUCGGUGGGAGCAUUAAGAAUGAAAAUGAAAAAUUUGAGAACAACAUAUUAUAGAGAACUUAGGAAGAUAAAACAGGCGAAACAGAAAGGGGAAAAAUACACACCGUCUUUGUGGUAUUUUGAGAAUUUAAACUUUUUGGGAACUUCACGAUCUAAUAUAUCAAACACAACAUUAGAAGAUGAUAGAAAUGAGGAUUCAUCUCAAACACAAGAUUUAAUUAUUAUGGAAGAAACUACGCCUAUAGACGACUUAGCAUUAGAAAAUGGUGAUAGUGAAAUGGAACUUGGCUCAUCUACAUCACAUUCAAAAGUUAUGAAACGAAUAGAAGCUGAAAAGAAACACGAUUCUGUCUUAUUGUUUGAGACACAAGAUCCUUUUACGGAUAUGAGUCAAAAGAAAACGAUGAAAGAUGAACAUUGGGAGGUUAUAGGCAAAUCAAUUGGCUAUCAAUUAAAAGAAUUAAGUAAGAAACAGUAUACGAUAGUAUCUAAGCUGAUAUCUGACGCUAUUUACUUUGGUAGACUAAAUAAGCUGACAGAAGACUCGCACAUUGAGACAUUUACAUCACACUACACACCAGCCAGGAAUUAUGUAACGAGUUUCCAUGGAGUAGACGUAUUGGCAAAUCAUGAUCGAAACUCAACACAACAGUUUAAACACGAAGAAGAUGAGGAUGAUGAAGAUUCUUGA